AUGCCAACAUGGAGCUGUGUUUACUGUACAUUAGUAAAUGAUUCAAACUUCACGUUAUGUCAAGGAUGCGGAUCAAGGAAUCCAGGGAGAAAAUCUAAAAAAGGAUCAAGCAUUAUUCCCAAAAGCAUUUCAAAUGCAGUCAAGGAUGUAUCAAAUGCAAUUACGGAAAUGAUAACAUCAAAUAAACGACCCACUCAUCAUAUAGUUAGAAUACCAGAAACACCCGAUCGAGUUCCCAUUCCAAAUGGACCUUUUAUCGACAAUUCGGCAAAUGGAGAACGUAUGCUUUUGUUUGAUAAAACUUUUGAAACUUCCUCAGACCAUGAAUAG